AGCCCAUUUUCAAAUCUUGUGCACUUAUGGCAGGAAGGUGGAAUCUUGAAGGGCGCACUGCCCUUGUUACCGGUGGUUCCCGAGGCAUUGGGUUUGGGAUCGUAGAGGAAUUAGCAAGUCUUGGAGCAUCAGUUUACACAUGUUCACGUAAUCAAAAGGAACUUAAUGAAUGCUUGACUCAAUGGAGAAGUAAAGGUUUUAAAGUUGAAGCUUCUGCUUGUGAUUUAUCAUCAAGAUCUGAAAGAGAGGAGUUUAUGAAGACUGUAGCUAAUCAUUUCAAUGGAAAACUCAAUAUUUUGGUAAAUAAUGCUGGUAUUGUCAUAUACAAGGAAGCUAAAGAUUAUACUAUGGAAGAUUACUCUGUCAUUAUGAGCAUCAACUUUGAGGCUGCUUAUCACUUGUCUGUACUUGCACAUCCCUUUUUGAAGGCAUCAGAAAGGGGAAAUGUUGUCUAUAUUUCCUCUAUUUCUGGGGCUUCUGCACUACCAUAUGAGGCUGUUUAUGGUGCAUCCAAAGGAGCGAUGGAUCAACUCACAAGAUGCUUGGCGUUUGAAUGGGCGAAGGACAACAUUCGUAUCAAUGGCGUUGCACCGGGGGUUAUUGCAUCUUCUAUGGUCGAAAUGACUAUUCAAGAUCCAAAGCAAAAGGAGAACUUGGAUAAGCUGAUUGAUAGAUGUGCUCUGCGUCGAAUGGGUGAGCCUAAAGAACUUGCAGCGGUGGUUGCAUUCCUCUGUUUCCCCGCUGCUUCAUAUGUCACUGGCCAAAUUAUAUAUGUUGAUGGUGGAUUUAUGGCUAAUGGUGGCUUUUAAUCAUCCAUUUAUUUGUCUUUACUUUUGCAAGUCAAUCACAUAAUUAUAGAAGUUAGUGGUGGAAAUAAAGGAAGUUUCGGUGUAACUAGUAAAGCUGUUGUCGUGUAGUAUUUAGGAUAUUAUGAGUUAGAGUUAUGAAAAUAAACUAUUAUGACUGGCUUUAAGUGCAAUGAAUUGUCAUCUAGUGGUGAAAAUAAACGAU